AUGCCUAAGAAACUACGGUACAACAUUAUACGAGAACCCCCGAAAGAUGUCGGAACUAAUGCCGAAACUGAAGAGACUACGGUUGGGUCCAUUACUAGAGGAGCUCAGACAUCACAUGAGCAACCACGUGAUAGAGCUCCUCCAAUUUCGUCCUCAGCUAAUGGAGCUCUGAUAGUAAUUUUGUUUCCCACACACUUCUUAGAGGACGGCGUGAGAAAAGUUUCUAGGCUGAGCGUGAAGGAGGCUAUAGCACUUCCUUCCAAUACAAAGAUAGUACUCCCAUUUAACAAAGAGUUGCAACCGAUUGGUCAGGCAGCUAGAAUAUUCAAUGGUUUCUUAGGGAGUUUGGGUGUGGAUUAUUCCAAGUUCCCCAUAUAUGCAGAGAGUUGGAAGCAUGUGAACAAAGCGAAGAAGGAACAUGCAUACGACAUGAUUAAGCGGGUCUUUCACUAUGAGGAUGAUGUCGGAGGAAAAAUAAAGCGUGAAAUUAUAAAGAGAAUAGGAAAGAACUGGAAGGAUACAAGGAACAACUUGUAUCAUAAGUGUUACAAAAAAAUAAGGACUUAUGAGAAAAAUCUUAAGCAUCGCUCGAAAGGAAUAGAAGAAAAUGAAUGGAAAAAGUUCUUUGACUAUCACCAGAAGGAAGAAACAAAGGAUGCAAUUGUGAAUGUUGAGAGGCAGGAUGAAUCCUCUAAGCACCUUUCACAAAAUGAUUCGCUAGCACAAGUUCUCAGAAAGGAGCACCUAGGACGAGUUCGUGCCCUAGGUGCUGGACCAUGUCCCACCCAAGUCUUUGAUAAUGCUGCUGGACAACCGCCGGGUUCUGUAGAGCCCAAUGAAGAGUAUGAGAGGAGGAUUGCAAAAUUGGCGGCUAAGCUAGAAGAAGAGCAGGCGAAGAGACAGUCGAUACAUAAGGUCUUGGGAUAUCUAGUCCAACAACAAGGAGGCAAUUUGCCAGCUAAGGUUGUUGUAGAGCUGGCUUUUUUGGGCAAUACACCGGACUAG